CACAAAGAGAAACUCAGAAGUUAUGAGCUGCAAUGACAGAAUCAUCUGAGGAUCCUCUGAGCCAAAGAGAAAGCCUAGAAGAGAUACAGGGAACGUGGCUCAAAGAGAAUCAAGAAAUCCAGUGAGAUACCGAAAUCAGGGCAGCCAGAAUUACAAAUCAAAGGAGAAUAAGGGGGAUGUGGAUCAGACAGAAUCAAGACAUCCAUUGAGAAUACAGAGAAUCUGCUACAGGACCAAAAAAAUCCAGCGAGAGUACAGGGAAUGUGGAUCAAAGAGAAUCAAGAAAUCUGGUGAGAAUACAGGGAUUGUGGAUCAGACAGAAUUAAGAAAUCUGGUGAGAAUAUAGGAAUCUGGGACAAACAGGAUCACGGAAUGCUCAUCAUUCACUGGGCACAGAGGGAUGUACAGUCUGUGAGAAUGAUCUGAACUCCAGAUCUGAUAUAUCCUGAAGAUGAAGCCUGACCCUGAACUGUGAGCCAGAGGACAUCCCAGGUCAAGACGAGCGCACAAGCCUGAGCAGCGGGGCAACACGCGACCGCCUAUGAAGCAAGCCAAGGGACUUUAUUUGCUUACCUGUGGAAGUACAACGUGUUGACGGAUUACAGGCACUUUCAGUCAAGAGCGACACCUGGCUAGAGUAUUUCAACUCACAUCCAGGAGAUGCACUCCCCAUAAGCAGGACCAUCAAAAGUGCCCCCCCCACCCCCCAACCUGUGGGCCCCGGUGAUCAUGCUGGCCGUGUCCCCUGAGGAAGCCAGAGCAGAGCCCCUACUCACACACCAGCUGGCCACAGUGACAGAUCCCACCACUAGAUGCCCUCACUGGCACCCGACGCCUCAGGCCUCAUUAAUGGCUCUGCAGCAGGGGAAGGUGGCGAGUUGCACUGGGCCUCGCUGCUCAUCAUUGUCGUCAUCCUCCCCACCAUCGGGGGCAACAUUCUGGUCAUUCUUGCAGUCUCCUUGGAGAAGAAGCUGCAGAACGCCACUAACUACUUCCUAAUGUCACUGGCGGUGGCCGACCUGCUGGUGGGGCUGCUGGUGAUGCCCAUCGCCCUAGUCACCGUGCUCUUCAACUCUGGCUGGCCCCUCCCAGAGUUCCUCUGCCCUAUCUGGCUCUUCCUGGAUGUGCUGUUCUCCACUGCCUCCAUCAUGCACCUGUGUGCUAUCUCUCUGGACCGCUAUGUCGCCAUCAAGAGGCCCAUCCAGCACAGCCAGUUCAAGUCCAGGGCCAAAGCCAUGAUGAAAAUUGCUGUGGUGUGGCUCAUAUCCAUCGGUAUAGCGAUUCCCAUUCCCAUCAUCGGGCUGAGGAACUCCUCUCUUCCAAAUAACAUCACGUUCAGCGACAGCCACGCGUGCGUGCUCAAGCCUGACAGCUUCCAUGACUUCAUUGUCUUUGGCUCACUGGCAGCGUUCUUCAUACCGCUCACCAUCAUGAUGGUCAUCUACCUGCUCACCAUCCUCGUGCUGAGGAAGAAAGCCUGUCGCCUGAGGGCCAGGGUGUCCCACUGCCUCAGCAGACACACCAUCUCCUCCGUCCUCCAGAAGGAGCUACCUAAGGAACCAUGGCCAGGGAGGGCAGCUGGGCUGGACAGCCCCUGGAGCAAGCAGACGCCCAGCCACGGUGACCAGGACACCAGGGACGAGGUGCCUAUCCGAAGGAUGUCCACCAUGGGCAAGAAAUCCAUGCAGAACCUCAGCAACGAGCAGAGGGCCUCUAAGGUCCUGGGGAUCGUCUUUCUGCUCUUCGUUGUCAUGUGGUGCCCCUUCUUCAUCACCAACGUCACCUCCGUCCUUUGCCACAGCUGUGACAAAAAUGUUGUGGGCAGGCUGAUGGAGAUCUUUGUGUGGGUGGGCUACGUCUCCUCAGGCAUAAACCCCCUGGUCUACACCCUGUUCAACAAAACUUUCCGACAGGCUUUCAGCCGCUACAUCACGUGUGACUAUGGCAGCGCGCCCCCCCCCAAGGUGGCCCGCCAGUGCCACGGCAAGAUCUCCUUCCACUCUUCCGUGGCUGAGAACUCCAAGCUGUUCAUGAAGAAUGGUAUAAACCCCGCAACAUACCAGAGCCCACUCCGGCGGCGACCGGCACCCAUAGCCCCCCCUCCCAGCAUCCUGCUGGACACUCUGCCCCUCAAAGAGAUCGGCAGCAAAGCAGAAGAACAGGUCAGCUACCUGUAGCUUUCAGAAGGCAGUAACAGGAUACAAACUGAGCCUUACAGGACUAGGAAAUGGCAAGCAGAUGAUGGAACAGAUGAUUCACCAAGACAUGAAAAAGUUACUAUGAGUUUCAUCUCGAGAAGCAAAUAAAAUUUGUGCUUUUCCCACCAUAGUGGGCAUGGUGCCUAGCCAGGGCCCUUUGACAGCAGCCCUAUAAGCUCUGGAUGUAGAUUUAUAUUGCCACAAUUAAUUUUCUGGUGUGCCGAGUCAAUAUGCUGUCCUACAGACCCUCUGACAUUACCUGGAAAAGGGCUGUCAUGAACAACACUGGGUAAUGCCUCAAACACAAUAACCUUCCUGCCUUCCUCAGUGCUCUGGGCGAUGGGUUCAGACACCGCAGUAGUAAUCCCGACGCUAAAGGGGGGCCUCCGCCAAUCGGUAACAGCCUUGCCGGGUCACAAGUAUCAAAUCUAUGGAAUCAGAUUUCAGAGACAAGUGCAAACAUGCUUUUACAAAUAAUGCACAUGGUAAAAUAUGCAGCACAUAAGAUGGUCCAAAAAACAUAAAAAGCACUUGGUUUUCGGAAAGGAAAAAAAAAAAAAAUUGUAUAACAAUUUCACUUUUGUCAACAUAA